GCCCCCGGCGGAGGUGGGGGAGAGGCGGGCAGGAGCCGAGGCCAGGGAGUCCUCUGCGUCAGCCGCUGCUCGCCGCGCCGCGCCAGUAGCAGCCGGGACUCACCCGCAGCCCCAUGCUCGUGCCCGGCUCCCCUCGUCCAUCCUCGGAGAAGAGGCAGCCCAUGAGGCUCCCAGUCCCCGCUGAGUGCCGCCCUGAAGGAUGUCCCAGCUGUCCUCCACCCUGAAGCGCUACCCAGACUCCACCCGCUACCCAGACGCGCCCUACGCCAAAUCGGGCUAUGGUACCUACACCCCCUCUUCCUACGGGGCCAACCUGGCUGCCUCCUUCCUGGAGAAGGAGAAGCUGGGCUUCAAGUCGGGGCCUCCCGCCAGCCUCCUUACACGUCCCCGCACCUACGGUCCCUCCUCCAUCUUGGACUAUGAUCGAGGCCGCCCCCUGCUGAGACCCGACAUCAUUGGGGGCGGCAGGCGGGCGGAGAGCCAGACUCGAGGCCCCGAGCGGCCUGCCGGCAGCGGCCUCAGCGGGGGCAGCGGAUUCCCAUAUAGCGUGGCCGGCGGUGCCCCCGGCUACCUGCACCUGAGUGGCCGUGACCAGGUGGGAACCCUGGCCCAGAAGAAGUCGAACAGUCAGUCGGACUUGGCCCGGGAUUUCUCCAGCCUCCGGACGUCGGAGAACUACCAGCUAGACCCCAGCCACCUGGGCCGCAGCCCCAUCUUGGCCCGCACGCGCAAGGAGCUGUGUGCCCUGCAGGGGCUCUACCAGGCUGCCAGGCGCUCCGAGUACCUCACCGACUACCUGGAGAACUAUGGUCGCAAGGGCAGCGUGCCUCCGCUGCCCAGUCAGGCCCCUGCCCCCCGCGCCCCCGAGAUCCUCAGCCCCACCUACCGACCCAGUGGCCGAUACACCUUGUGGGAGAAGGGCAAGGGACAGGCCCCAGGGCCCAGCCGUGCCAGCUCCCCAGGGCGAGAGACCAUGGAACCCCACUUCAGGACCUGUAUCCUCGCCAGUGGCCCAGCAGUGUUCCCGGAAAUGCUCAGCCACCCCCCCACGCACUACAGUUCUUACCCUGUCCUUUUCCACCCACCAUGCCAAUGUGCCCUGCAGACCCUGCCCCAGCCCGGACUGGCUCCUGAGGCCCCCCGCCCUCCCGUGCUCCCUGUGAAUUCUAAGAGCGCCCAGGGCCUGGCUGGUCUCCGAAACCUUGGGAACACGUGUUUCAUGAACUCCAUCCUGCAGUGCCUGAGCAAUACGCGGGAGCUGAGGGAUUACUUCCUGCAGAGGCUGUACACGCGGGACCUCAGUGGCAGCAGCGCCGGGCACACAGCCCUGGUGGAAGAGUUCGCCAAGCUGAUCCAGGCCAUCUGGACGUCGUCCCCCAGCGACGUGGUGAGCCCCUCCGAGUUCAAGACCCAGAUCCAAAGAUAUGCACCGCGCUUCAUGGGCUACAAUCAGCAGGACGCACAGGAGUUCCUUCGCUUCCUCCUGGACGGGCUCCACAACGAGGUGAAUCGAGUCACCGUGAGGCCCAAGGCCACCCCCGAGAACCUGGAUCAUCUCCCGGAUGAUGAGAAGGGCCGACAGAUGUGGAGGAAGUACCUGGAGCGGGAAGACAGCCGGAUUGGGGAUCUCUUCGUGGGGCAGCUCAAGAGCUCCCUGACGUGCACAGACUGUGGUUACUGCUCGACUGUCUUUGACCCUUUCUGGGACCUCUCACUGCCCAUCGCUAAGCGGGGUUAUCCUGAGGUGACGCUGACGGACUGCAUGAGGCUCUUCACCAAAGAGGACGUGCUCGACGGCGAUGAGAAGCCAACGUGCUGUCGCUGCCGAACCAGGAAACGCUGCAUCAAGAAGUUCUCCAUCCAGAGGUUCCCAAAGAUCUUGGUGCUCCAUCUGAAGCGCUUCUCCGAGUCCAGGAUACGAACCAGCAAGCUCACGACCUUUGUGAAUUUCCCACUACGAGACUUGGACUUGCGGGAAUUUGCCUCAGAAAACACCAACCAUGCUGUUUACAACCUGUACGCUGUGUCCAAUCACUCGGGAACCACCAUGGGCGGCCACUACACCGCCUACUGCCGGAGCCCAGCGACAGGCGAGUGGCACAUGUUCAACGACUCCAGCGUCACCCCCAUGUCCUCCAGCCAAGUGCGCACCAGCGACGCCUAUUUGCUCUUCUAUGAACUGGCCAGUCCGCCCUCCCGCAUGUAGCAGCGAGGAGCUCAGCCCUCUCCCGGGCAGCCCCACGCCCUCCGUUUAUUUGUUUUUUUUUUUUUUAAAGACAAAAGAGGAAAAAAAAAAACACCCGACAGAUAAGAGAAAAUAAAAGUAAAGCUGCCGAGCAGGAGUUGCUGCGGCCUGGCCCAGGUCUGGAGCCGGGAGCCCAGCACCCGAGAGCCCAGCCGGCGGGGCACGGACACCCCAGGCUGCUCCUGCCUGCGAAGCCGGUGGUUUUUUUCCCUGCGGAAACAGCUGCAGUUCCAGCCCCGGGAGAAGCUCCGGCCAGGAUGACAGCGCCCUCUGGAGCCCACGGGGAGAAUCGCUGCCCCCACGCCGAGGCCUGGGUGGCCACCCCACCUGGACACGGGCCCUGCCUGGCCCACCCGAGGGUGCAGAAGCAGGAAGAAGCCCCCCUGCGCGCCGCUGACUCCGGGCGUGCAGACAAGAGGACAGCUGGGAGCAAAGCUGGUUUGAUAUUGAAGCUCCCAGUUUCUUUAAAAACACCACCACAACUAAAGCUUGCAGAGUGGAGGUGCCCCAGCCCCCCUCCCCCACCCCUUCCCCGCCCCCUCACGGCUGGGCAAGGCGGGGCCAUCGGUCAUGGUGAGGGCUUUCAUUCUUCCAGUGCAGCCUUUCUGAUGGCCGCCCCCACGUGCAAGGGGGUGUUGGCCUGCCCCCCAGCACAGCCCCAGUAGACCCAGGACCUAACCCGUUUUUUUGUUGUUGUUGUUGGUUUUCUUUUUUUUUUUUUUUUUUAAUGUUUUGGAUGGAAUCUAGUUGCCUCCAAGAAUUGUGCCUUAUAGCAUUUGGGGACCAGGGGGUACUCUGCCCCUCCCUGACGUAUCCCUCAGUCUCUUCCCCUCUUCCCAGUGCCCUACUGGGGCAGCCCUGGGGAAAGGGAGGGUCCUCUCCCCCCACCCCAGCCCCCUGCUGCUCGGCCCCAGCAGUCAGGGCCAGAGGGUAGGAGGUCAAAGUUAAUUUCUUCUAUUAGUACAUCUAGGUCUUCCUGCCCACACCCUCAGGCGCACCCCUGGUCCGCUCCCCCGCUGUUUGAAGGAUAGCACAAACCCCUCUCCCCGCCAGCAUCUCUCACCCUUAAUUUAUUUCCCGUAACAAGCUUCUCGCCCGCCCGCCUUCUCAGAGCCUCCUAGACAGACGCCCUUUGGAGCGAGUUUCUCAGGGAUGCCCACCUGCCCCCAGCGCCUCCCGGCACUGUCUCAGCCCGGCAGCUGGAGCGUGGCCGGAGGGUCUGUGGACGUCUUCCUCCGCUGCAUGAUGUUUCUCCCAGUGACUCGGUUUGGGCCUUCCAUGGUGGCACUAGACUGUGGCAUUUGCAGAGAGAGCUGCCAGGCCCCUGAGCCGGAGGCUCUGUGCACCCCCGAGACGAGGACCCGGUUCACACGCACUACUCAGAGCCCGGGACUCAGCAGUGGCCCCUGGAGGUGGCAUGAGAGAAAACUGAACUGGCCCUGCCACCCUUCUCCAGGACCCCGGAACCUGAGCCAAGGGCUGGCGUCCAGCUUGUUUACUGUGUAAGCAAGAAUCGAAGAAUGUCUAAUGUACAGCGUACCCUUGUACAGAAUAAAUACCAGCUUUGAGGGGCCA